AUGUUUACACCUGUUCACAGCAUUUUAUUUCCAUUGUUUUGGUUAUGUUCAGUAUUUUCGUAUUUCUUAACGAAAUUAGCUCAUACAACCGUUUAUAAUUAUGUUGAACGAUAUAUAAUUAAGAUAUAUUAUCCAAAUUAUAAUCUUGAAGAUGAGAAAAAAGUGCAACGUCUACAAAAAUAUGUUUGGCAGUCAACAUUUGCGUUUUUGAUAUUAUUACAGUGUUUGUUUUUACUAACGCCGUCAGCAGUGACAGUUGCAAGUGUGAAAGAUCGAAAUCAGCCCCAAACGUCGUCCAGUGCACUUAAUGAUAUUACAAAUAAAGCAUUUGAACAACAAUCAUUAAUCGAACAACAAAAAUUAAAUAUAAAUAACAAGGAGAGUGUUUCGAAAAAUAAACUUAUUAAUAAAAUAUCAUUAACGAACACUAACGAUAAUGACGACAAUACAGCAUUCUCGUUCGAUAUACAGCAUCUGAUGCAACCGUUCAGCAUGAAUUUUUAUGAACGUUUUAUCAGUAUGUUUUCUGAUUAUAAUUUGAAUGAUGAUAACGCAUUAUUUGUUGCCCAGAGAGACUUUAAAGGACAACAGAAUGUGAGAAAACAUACUAAAGAGACGCUGCAAUCAUUAUCACAAACAUCAAACUCAAAACCAAGCAAUGAAGACAAAAAUAGUGAAAUGGAUAGUAGUAAUGAUAAAAUAGAACAUUUGACUAGAACUGUUGAAGGUAAUCUUCGAAAUUUAAAAGAACAGACACGUGAUAUCAGAGAAAAGAUCAUCACAAUUAUUCAGCCAGCCGUGAAUAGUGCUCAAAGUGUGAAAGGAAGAUUUGUGGCAAAUGAUGAGAUUGAUGAAUCUGAUCUUGAACCGAAUCAUGAUAAUACUAAAGAAUCAUCGAUAUUGAUUAAUGUUAAAGAAAAAUUAAAACAAAAUGAGGAGAAUAUAAAUGACACAAUGGAAGAAAAAUUGAAUACCGCAAAAAAACAAAUCAUAAAGCCAUCUACAACGUCCAUCAUUGAUAAUAUGCAAGAAAAUGUUAUACUGAAAAAAAGUAUGGAGAAAAAUAUUGAAGACAAGGUUGAUGAAUUACAAGCGAGAGGAUCAUCUGUCAUGGAUAAAGUGAAAGAAAGCGCUCACCGUCUCAAGAAAACCAUUGAUAAAAUGGUCAAAACAAAAGUGAAGUCAAUUGUCUCUUCAUCAGAAAAAAAACAGAAGAGCACAUCAUCAGAUAUUAAUCACAAAGUAGUCAAAGAAAAACUCAGACCAGUUAAAGAAAGCAUGGCAAAAAAAAUGAAAAAUAAAUUAAGUAAAUUAACGCAUUCUGGUACGAAAAAUGACGAGGAUAAAUCAGUUAUCGAUAAAAUGAAAAAUAAAGCAAAAUCAUUGAAAAAUUCAUUCAAACUAGAAAAAUCAAGUAUGGCUAAAAUUAUGAACGAAAAAUUAAGAAGCAUUAUUAAGUCAGAAAAUGAUGAAAAUGAUAAACCAUCGGCUACGGAAAAUGCGAGAGACAAAGUCAGAUCAUUGGAAACGUCGGCAAAAAAAUCCAGUAUUAUUAACAAAGUGAAAAAGAAUGUAAAUUCGAUCAUGAAUCAAACGAAAAUUUACUUCAAACAUUUAUUCUUUUCAUCAACAUUCUCCUCUGAAUCUUUAUCGGAGACAAGUCAUUUAUACACGGCUUAUACCGAUUUGAAAUGUUUUAAUUAUACAAAACAGCGCUAUCGUAUAUGGAACAAAUCACAUAAACAGUUUUUGAAUAAAUAUCGUCGUUACGUACCAUUUGAGGUCUAUUUGAAUUUAAUACAAACACAAGGUCCCGUAUGUUACUCUGAUUAUUCGAAUAGUUCUUGUGCAUUCUUCUUAUACAGUCGACAACAUCAAGGUUUUAAAACAACUUUAAAAAAAAUGAUUCUCUUUUGGUUUGUUAUUUGUGCUUUCAUUGUUAUCAUCGCAUUAGCUUUAGCAGUUAAUAGACAAGAUCAGUAUACGAAACAUUCAUCUGACAGAACACGGUAUCAUAAUGAAUCAUACUAUGAUAUUGGUGGUGGUGGUGGAGACGGUAGUAAUAAUAGAAGGACACAAAAAAAUAAGCAAUUAAUCCAAAAUACGUUUUAUGAUGUAUCUGAUGUGCAUUAUGAUCGACAGAUAGCAUCAUCGUUCGAUACAUCUGCAAAAACAUUGACCAUUAGUCAUAAUAAUAAUAUUAACGUAGACGAGGAAAUAAUGAAACAUUUAAAGCUAUGGCUUAAACGAGAACAAGAUACGAACUAUCGGUAUAUUAUUGAUGAAUGUCAACGUGCAUUCAAUAAUGCUAGUAAUAAACUCAAAUCAUUGGUAAGUAGUUAUGUUCAUGCUUUUAGAAAAACGGAGCUAAAAUCAUAAUGAUGAUAAUGAUAUACUCAUACCUACUAUCCAUUUCAAAAUAGAAUGGCCGGUCAGUGUUGACCUUAUAGCUCCGGAACGGUGAUAGAUAGAGAGGUGCGGUUUUCACCAUUCGAAAGAGAAAUAUGGGGCUACGAUACCCAUGAAACA